AUGCUGCCAUCUUACAUGCAGUUUUCUGACUGCAUGUCUUCACUCGAGGAUGCCGGUGGCUACCCUGCCCGAGAUUCUCGCUCUGAAAACCUCGUCGUUAUCCUCUGCUGGAAUCAUCAGAUGCUCAACUUCCGUGGCCCGCUGGCAAAAUGCCUUUUAGGCACCGCCUUUGUGUUGUUGGCGGCCAGCUCUCCGGUUGAACUAGGGAGAAGAGCCCCUGCCAUCGCAGCAACUUCUGAUACACUCCAUCUCCAGCGCCAUGUACGUCACGGUGCACACCCGACAUCUCGCAUUGGCUUCAAGAGUCUUGAGGGUGUUGUGGACUACAAGUCACAGGACCGCAAGCCUGUCGUGGCAGAUCUCAAUGGCAACACCGACUUUGUCACGGCAGCAACACUGGCUGCUAGACAGGACGGAAACGAGCCUAUCGGCGAGGGUGUUGGUCCUGCCAUAAAUGCGCACAGCCAAGUUGAAUACAUCACUCCUGUAUCUUCUAAUGGUGAUACCUACAGCCUCAUCAUUGACACUGGAAGUAGCGACACUUGGUUUGUGCGUGAAGGGUUCCAGUGUCUCGACUAUCGGCAACAGCCAGUACCAUAUGAAGCAUGCCAGUUUGGCCCUGCCUGGCAGGGAGACUUUCCUGGCGGCAAGAUACCAAAUAAGCAGUUCCAGGUCCGCUACGGAUCCUCCAAUGGCCCUUUUCUAACCGCGAAUAGCAUCACUGUCGCCAACAUCACGGUGGAAACACAGGAGAUUGCCCACGCGACUUAUGGCAUGUGGUUCGGCGAUGGCCUUACGAGCGGAAUCUUGGGCCUCGGACUUCGAGGACUCACCGGGCUUUCUUCUGAAGAUACAUAUGACCCCGUGGCAAUCUCCAUCAGCAAGCAGACUAGAGAGCCAAUCUUCAGUCUUGCACUGCAUCGCGACGAGUCCGAGUCCUUUAUAGCCUUUGGAGGAGUACCGCCGCAGGUCAAAACCACCGGGCCUUGGGCGACGACCCCAAUCCAGAAGCUUCAGCGUUCUGGCGGGGGAGACCCGGACUAUUACUUCUACACUGUAUUGUUGGACCAGAUCCUGAUGAACAACACUCGACUGAGCCUCCGCGCAGAUAACCUGCCGGGGUUCAUUGUUGAUAGUGGGACUACGUUAAAUUACUUCCCCUUCGAAAUUGCUGUUGCCGUCAACAACCUGUUUGAUCCUCCUGCCAUACUCGACAGUAGCCAAGGAGCCUGGUUUGUUCCUUGCACCGGGACCACGGCGCCUUCUCUCGGCAUCACUCUGGGCGGAACGACGCUCUGGACUGACUCCAGCAGUAUGAUUCUGCCCGAGGUCAAGAAUGCAGAGGGUCUAUGUGCGACUGGCAUCUCGGCGACAGAUGCGUUUCCGUACAUUCUGGGAGACACAUUCAUGCAAAACAUUGUCACAGUGUUUGACCUGAGCGACAAGAUGGAGAUCAGGUACGCGCAGAGAGAUCUUGCUUGA